AUGCCCAGGGCAGGGCUGGACCAAACCUGCCCCGUCCAGCAUAGGGAGGACGGCUUUCGACAGAUUCUUGGCCUUGGUCCCACAGGUUAUGAUUUUGUUCUCUGCUUUCAGGACUGGGUUGUCAGUAAAUUUGGUCGAGUCCUUCCUGUGCUGCAGCUCAGAUGUCGGAAAGGCAACAAAGCUCGAACAUUGAAGUACGAUCCAUCAAAGUAUAGUCACAACAUCCGCAAGCUGGACCAGAAAGAAACAAACGAGACUACGUCAGUCACCCAGCUCACCUGGGAAGUCGAGGGAGGGGAUGAUGACAUCAGUAAGAAGAGGAGGGGUGAAUUCCCCUCAUAUGAGCCAAUCAAACCCAAGAAGAGUCGGACAGAAGCUGCUGACUCCCUGAAGUUAAACACUUCUAGCAGAAGCAGAUUCCAGCAGAGCUCUGACAGAAACACUGUGGUCCAUCAGCUCACCAACGGCUCAGACCUGCUAACCAAUCACAGAGCACCUCAGUGGAACGGAAGGAGGUUUUCCGACAGCGACGUCGACUCAGACGAGGAAAUCCGCAGGCUGGUGGCUGCGCAGCAGAGCUCCCAUCAUGCACUGCAGCAGGAUGCAGAGGAUGACAACCUGGAGGUGGUGGGGGUCGACUACUUGGAGAAACCAGGGUCCAAAGGAGAUGAGGAGGACUACGACUCUGCUGACACGGAUGAACUGUUUGAAUCCAGGAGAACUCCAGCUCCCCGCCUGCAGGAAAAACCUCCAUCACCGACACCUGAACACGUCUCAGCAAAAAGCGCAGAUAGAAAGAAACAAACAAAAGGAAAAAAAACACCUGCAAAGGUUUCUUUUAGUAAACCUUCAUCCUCCCUGCAGAAGGAGAAUCCAGCUGCAGAAAUAAAAGACUCAUCAGAGUCACAGAGUGAUGAAGAUGAUGGAAGCUCCUCCGACUCAUCUUCAGAUUUUGAUUUCCCAGCCUUGUUUUCUCCUAACUCCACCCAUCUGAGGAUUUCCCUGGCCGACUUACAGAAGCUGGCAGAGACCAGAGCUCCCAGCAUCCUUGGAACAGGCCUUAAACUGGAGUCUAGGCUCCCUGAUCGACCUGCACCCAAGGAAGCCAUCACCCCAGACGAGAUCCUUGCCUCCAUCCUGGGGGAGGACAGCAGCAGCGACGAAAAAGCAGAACCGAGAAAGAAGAGAAAAACAGAAGGUGUACCAUCAAAUUCUCUGCAGGUCUCAGAGGAAACUGGGCGAAACGGGGAAACUUCAACAACCGACAAGCGAGCGAAGAAGAAGAAGGAAGAUGAACUUAUCAACAGCCAGAGACAUGAGGAAACUAAAAUAUCAGAAGUUCUCAGAGACACAGAGGGGGAAUCUUCCUCUGCGAGUGAAGAGGAAGAGGAGGAGGAGAAACAAAUGUCUGCAGCAGAAGAUCAGUCUUCAUCCAGCAGUUCUAAUGAAGAGGAGCAAGCGGCUCCUCGUCCUGCUCCUGCUCCAUGCAGCCAGUCCUCCUCCAGCGAAGGAGAGGAUGUGAAAGACCAGGCUCCUAAGCGGUUGGUGUUGGCUGCAGAGGAGGAAGAGGAGCUGCAGAGGAAGGCCAACAUGAGAAGACUGGCUGCUCUCCAACAGAGACAAAAAGAGGCGGAGGAGCAUCAGAGGCUCAUCCAUGGAGCCCUGGCCAACCAGGACGCUCCACCUCCAACCUCAGGGAAACACAUCGUCUUCAGCUCAGAUGAUGAGGAGGAAAAUAAGACGUCCGUUAUCCAGGACAGCCAAUCAGAAGACAACGCCUCAUCUGACGGAGAAGCAGCCAAUCAGAUGGCCUCACAGAGAGCGGAGCGCCAGAAGCUGUCGGGUCCGCAGCUGUUUGCCGGCAGCGACGAUGAUGAGGAAGUGGAUGAAGAAGAGGAUUGCAGCAGAUUUGACAUCCGGCCAGAGUUUGAAGGUCCAGCUGGACAGAAGCUGAUGGCGCUACAGUCUCGCUUUGGGACAGACGAACGGUUCCGGAUGGACUCCCGGUUUCUGGAGGAAGAGGAGGAUGAAGAGGAGGAAAAGCAGACAGAAGCACAGAAGAGUCUGAUGGACGACGAUGAGGCUCUAGAAGAGGAGAAGAAGAAGAAUCUGUCCAUCCUGCAGAGCGUCCUUGGAAGCAGCCAUCAAAGCAGCAGCAAGACGUCCGGAAAAGCCAAGAAGUUCAGAGACGUGUCUGCGUUGCAUUACGACCCGAGCAAAGAGGAACACGCUGCGUUUGAGACCAAAACAGAUGAAACCCAGAAGGAGAGUAAGGCGGCUCGCAGGAAGAAGAGGGAAGAGGCUCAGAAGCUUCCUGAAGUCUCCAAAGAGAUUUACUUCGAGGUGACUGGAGACCUGAAGGCCGUGUUCGGACAGACCAACGACGGCUCUGCUGAGGGAGAGGAGGAGAGAAACUGGGAUCAGCUGGAGGAUGAAGAGGGAGGAGAAGAGGAAGAACAGGCGCUGUCCUCCCUCCUGUCAGCUGAUCCCAGCACCAAGUCUGAGGAAUCCACUGGAUUCAGGUUUUCCUUCUUUGGAGACGAAUCAGAGGAUGGAAGCGGAGAAACGACCGAGUACAAAGCUGAGAAGAUCCAGGCUCCCAAGGUCUCCUGGCAUCAAGACCCACGUUUCCAUGACAGCAGCUCUGAGGAGGAGGAGCAGGAAGAAGAGGAGGAAGAGCAGAAGCAAAGCAGCUCUGAGGCUAAAAACACAGAAGUGGAGGCUCCUUCAAAGCCUGAUUUCUUCUUCUUCUUCUCUUCUGAUGACCACAGACUGAAAGGUGGGGGGUUUUAUGGCACUUUGUGGUGCUGGUGCUUCUUUUUAAGUUCUGAACAUAACACAUAAUGAUUUCCCUGUUGGUUCAGUUAAAGUCUGGCUAAUUGUUUUAACCUCUCAUUUGUUUCCUCCUUCAGAGGGACUCAGGUUGUUCUGUCGAACCUCCCAGCUGGAGCAGCAGAGGGAGCAGUGGGAGGAGAGGACGAUUACGCUCAAACAGGAGUACCGCAAGAAGCAUAAAGAUGCCAGAAGGAAGCUGAAGACUUUUCAGAAGAGCUGAGGAUUGUGGGAAAUGUAGUCUUUGUGUUCCAUUAAACUCUUAAUCCAGGGAUGAUUUCCUCCUCCUCUUUGGUUUCAAUGUUCUGAUCCAGCAGGAGUGAAUUUAUCUCUGAAGAGUCUGUGAUGUUCUAGUAGCUGCUGAGUCCAAACCGGAUCUGUGCUGCAGCCAAUCAGCUACAGGCAAACAAAACUAGAUUCAAACAUAAUAAAGAGUGUGAGAUUGAAACUCAGGAAUAAUAAAACAAGUCUCUGAAGAUAUGUCACUAUUAUUUUUACAAUAUCCACCCUUUAAUAAAGAAGCAAACCUCUAAGUUUGAACUUAAUGACUCCUGGGCUACAUUUGACUUCUGUCUGUUAGAUUAUUCAUUAAAAUGC